AUGAAAGUUGGGGACCAGGUUGUAGCUAGGCUUCAUCUGGAAGAGGUGGAGGUUGAGGCGUCAUUCUGGAGGAAUGCCAUUGUCUGUAUCGUUCUAGGUGCCAACCCUCAUUUUCGAGUAUUUGAGGGUUUCAUCAAAUGUAUUUGGGGAAAUCUGGGGAUUGAAAAGAUUGUGCGUAUGCACUCAGGCUUUACUCUGGUUAAUUUCAGGGAUGAGACCACUCGAGACCUGAUUUUGGAAACAGGGGUUAUUCACUUUGAUAGAAAACCAGUCGUACUUCGCCCUUGGACUACAGAUUUGGAUUCGGUUAGAAUGGUCAAAUCUGUCCCAGUUUGGAUUCGCUUGAAUGGGUUGGGAUUGCAAUAUUGGGGUAAGAAGAGCCUUAGUGCACUGGUGAGUACUAUUGGCAAACCUAUUAUGGUGGACAAGGUGACUCAGAGCAGAGAUAUGGUGAAAUAUGCUCGGGUAUUGGUUGACAUGGAGAUUUCGGAUCAUCCUCCUAAGAGCAUUGCUUCUAUUAAUGAACGAGGUCAGUUAGUUGAGCAAUUGGUUGAGUAUGAAUGGCUCCCAUCUAAGUGUGCUGCUUGUGCUCAAUUAGGGCAUAUUGUGGCUGAUUGUAACAAGGGGAAAUGA